GCGCGCACAUUAUUUUGACACAUACUGGACGCAUUUUAACAUGAGCCAUUUCCUCUUGCGCUCAAUCUUUGUGAGACUUUCUAGUAUAGGACGGUCUAUCGAGUUCAUCGGAAUAUCGUGCUGUGUUUCUUGUUAAAAUGCAAUUGGAAAACGAAGUACAAAUAUUCCAAAUGGAGACACAAAAUUCGACGGCCAUAACAAUACCGAAGGAAACGACGACAGAUGAAAACAGAAAUCUUGGCAUUACUUACGGCAUCGAUGAUAUACCACCAUGGUAUCUAUGUUUAUUUAUGUCACUACAGCAUUAUUUAACUAUGAUCGGCGCUAUUGUGUCUAUCCCUUUCAUUCUAACGCCAGCCCUUUGCAUGGCCGAAGAUGAUCCUGCGAGGAGCCAUAUUAUUUCUACGAUGAUCUUUGUCACCGGUUUGGUGACAUUUCUCCAGACUACUAUAGGAUGUAGGUUGCCAUUGGUGCAGGGUGGCACAAUAUCGUUUUUAGUGCCGACUUUAGCGAUAUUGAACCUGCCGCAGUGGCAGUGUCCUGCGCCGGAAGUCUUAAAUCAGAUGUCCCACGAGAAUCGGACUGAGCUGUGGCAAAUUCGAAUGAGAGAACUGUCGGGUGCCAUUGCUGUUUCCGCUCUAUUCCAAGUGAUAAUCGGAUUUGGAGGUAUCGUCGGAUAUUUGCUGAAAUUUAUAACUCCGUUGACAAUAGUGCCGACAGUUUCGUUGGUUGGGCUGUCUUUGUUCGAAAAUGCAGCAGAUGCCGCGUCUCAGCACUGGGGUAUCGCAGCUGGAACAAUAAUACUGCUGACGACGUGCUCUCAAAUAAUGAUUAACGUGCCAUUUCCGUUUCCAAUGUAUCGCAAAGGCCAGGGAUUCCAUAUUAUCUGGUUUGAACUAUUUAAACUUUUUCCGAUUUUAUUGACAAUAAUUACCAUGUGGAUAAUUUGCACUAUACUAACAGUAACUGAUGUGCUACCAUACGGUCAUCCUGCCAGGUCCGACAGUAAAUUGAAAAUAAUAAGCGACUCGCCAUGGUUUCGAAUACCUUAUCCUGGACAGUGGGGCAUACCCACUGUAACGUUAUCAGGUGUACUCGGUAUGCUAGCGGGAGUAUUAGCAUGUACAGUCGAAUCUAUCAGUUACUAUCCAACUACCGCGAAAAUGUGCGGAGCACCGCCGCCACCAAUCCACGCGAUCAAUCGUGGUAUCGGCAUGGAGGGCCUCGGUACAAUAUUGGCUGGACUUUGGGGUAGCGGUAACGGUACGAAUACAUUUGGCGAGAAUGUCGGCACGAUAGGAGUUACCAAAGUUGGUAGUCGCAGAGUAAUACAAUGGGCGUGUAUCCUGAUGAUUCUACAAGGUGUAAUCAGCAAGUUCGGUGCGGUGUUUAUCAUAAUUCCCGAACCGAUAAUAGGCGGAAUAUUCUGCGUAAUGUUUGGGAUGAUUUGUGCUUUUGGUUUAUCGGCAUUGCAAUAUAUAAAUCUCAAUUCUUCGAGAAAUCUAUUCAUCUUGGGCUUGUCCAUGUUUUUUCCUCUGGUUCUAUCGAAAUGGUUGAUCAAAUAUCCAGAUAUAAUACAAACAGGAAGCGCUAUAUUAGAUAGUGUACUGACUGUACUGCUCAGCACCACUAUUCUGGUGGGUGGUGCUUUAGGCUGUUUUUUGGAUAAUAUCAUCCCAGGUAACGCAAAAGAACGUGGAUUAGAGGAUUGGGCGAAGGAAAUAGAAUUGACAGAUCACACAAUUGAUAAGAAAUCUGACGAAAUGUCUAAUAUCAAAUACGUCCAGAACACUUACGAUUUUCCAUUUGGAAUGAACUUGUUAAGAAGGUGGAAAUGGACACCUUAUGUGCCAUUUUUACCCACAUACAAAAGAUAAUAAAUCCCAGAUAGCACAUUAAAUCGUUUUUCAACUGCCUUUUUAAAGAUAUUAUUUUAUUGGAAUAUGUGUCAUUUUGCCAUGAUUUAUGUAAUCAAAAAUAUUGUAAUAUAAAAAAAGUCAAAUAUGUAAUAUUAUAGUGCAUAAGAAAUUUUCUAUGAUACAUGUAUGUAUAUUCAAAUUUCAAGAAAAAAAAUCGUCAAGUUUAUGUGUCUGUUUAAAAUAUAUUGUGUGAAAAAAUAUUAAUUACUUUUUAAUAUA